AUGCGAGCAUCGAGCGUCGCAGGUCCAUCUCGACACACCCUGCAGCGCUGCUUUUCAACAUCGCACACUCAAGCCGCCGCCACGGCCGCCACUACUACGGACGCCCCCGCAAUUGCACAGCGCCGCCAGACCCGCACCACCCUCUCCCAACUCUCUGACCUAGGCUCCACCCAGACUCGCGCAUCUGCAUGGCAUCCAAGAGAGAUGCGUACCAAGCCCCCUUCACCGCGCGAGGUGACGAUGUCGCACUUGAUUGCAGCGACCGCCCACGUUGGCCACUCGAUGGCCAAAGUGACCAAGGCCUACCAGCCCUGGAUCUACGGCACUCGUCACGGCAUUGCGCAGAUUGACAUUGAAAGGGCGACGCUGCCAGCACUCCGUAGAGCCUGCAGGGUGGUUCGCGAUAUCGUCAGGAACGAUGGUGUAGUCCUCAUCGUAGGCACGCAGAAGGACGCCUCCCCCGCAGUCAUUGCUGCCGCAGCUCGUAUGGGCUCGCACGGCUUCCAUGUCACUACGGAGCGAUGGACACCCGGAGUCCUCUCCAAUGCACCCAAGAUCCUUCAGAGGGCGAUCAUGGGAAGUAUGGAUGACUACAUCGCCCAGCACAAGAGCAAUGCUGCCAUCGGAGGGCAGACAGCGGCGAGGGACUCGCCCUUCGCCGAUGUGAAUUCGGAGCCUUCCCCCUCCAAGCUGGCUAGUCAGCUCUUGCAGCCCGACGUGCUCAUCGUGCUCAACCCAAAGAACAAUCUGCACGCCAUUCGCGAGGCUACGGCCUUGAACAUUCCCACCAUCGGAAUCGUAGACACAGAUGUUGACCCGCGCAUCGUCACUUACCCCAUCCCGGCAAACGACGAGAGCCUCCGAGCACUGGAGCUCAUCGUAGGCGUCUUGAGCAAAGCAGGCCAGGAAGGUCUGAAGGAUAGGAAAUUGCUCACGGACCAAUGGGAACGCGAUCAGGUCAACCAUGCUAGGAGGGACAAGGUCAAGAGGAGAAUGGCCGGUGAGGGGAUUGAGGCGCCGAGAGAGGUGCAGGAGGAGAAGGCUAGAGCUGAGAUUUUCGAUGACUAG